UUUCCCGGUUGAAAAUGGCUCUCCGCGUCGAUUACGAAGGAUCGAACGAUGUCGGUGUGUUCUGCACCCUCACCAACAGCUACUGCCUCGUCGGCGUCGGUGGCACUCAGAACUUUUACAGUAUUUUGGAGGCCGAGCUCAGCGAUCUCAUCCCAGUCGUGCACACGUCGAUCGCCUCGACCAGAAUUGUCGGAAGACUUACAGUCGGAAAUCGUCACGGACUUCUCGUACCAAACGCCACGACUGAUCAGGAGCUUCAACACUUGAGAAACUCGCUUCCAGAUGAGGUCGCAAUUCGCAGAGUUGACGAGCGUCUUUCCGCUUUGGGAAAUGUUAUCGCUUGUAACGACCACGUCGCUAUUGUUCACGCAGAAAUUAGCGCAGAAACUGAGCAGGCGCUCGUCGAAGUGCUCAAAGUGGAAGUAUUCCGUGUCAGUCUCGCCCAAAACUCGCUCGUCGGCAGCUACUGCAUUCUCAGCUCUAACGGUUGCCUCGUGGCCGCCCGUACUCCACCAGAGACCCAACGAGAAAUCGCCGCUCUCCUUCAAAUCCCAGUCGUCGCCGGAACAUGCAACCGAGGAUCCGAGCUCAUCGGAGCCGGUAUGGUCGUCAACGAUUGGGUCGCAUUUUGUGGACUCGACUCCACUUCUACCGAACUGUCCGUCGUCGAAUCGAUCUUCAAGCUCGGCGAGCAAGGAGCUCCGACAAGCAUCAGCAAUCAGCUCAGAGAUACUCUGAUUGAGAGCAUGCUCUAAUCUUUUUUCUCACUAUUUUUUUGAUCUACCAUUCAUUGUUUUCCCACCUUUUUUGUUGUUGGUUUCCCCGUUUUUUGUUGUCAAUGAAAAAACCCCUGAAAAAUUCGAAUUUUUCUCUCUUAAUUCCUUCUUUGAUGUCAAAUCCUCACAAAUUUAUACCUUGAAUUUCACUUUUAAAAGUACUUUUUACACGCUAUAAAUUUAAUUUUCGCUUGAUUUCAGAAGAACACACAUCAACUAAACCUACUAG